CUUUUCCGCCAGUGCUACUCUACAUCUCCUCCACUUGUUCUUUUGUUUCGUUUUCAUGAGAUUUCACCUCACCGCGCAGACCGAAGUACGAUUCUGGCCAUCGCGAGUCUCGUCCCUUGGUGACCCUUCGGUUCCCAUCUUGCUCAAGAGUGGCAGACCAGUGACAGCGCUGCAAAUUGCCAACCCGAGGAGCCCCGCCAACCAGGCGCCUGAGUCAGUUUCGCGGGGGAUCCUGAUCCGCGAAAUUUUUCGGUUCAGCUUAACUUUUAACCUAUGCCAGACUUAAAUGUUCCUCCUGCUCUCGCUGCCGCCCUCCAGAAUGCAUCUUCGGUGACCGCAUCUCCUCAAAACUUCUCUGAAGCCAUGGCGUCAAACUCCAUCAAGCUGUUGACUGGGAACAGUCACCCCGAGCUGGCGCAUGCCGUCGCCAAAAGGCUAGGUAUCGAGCUCGUCAAGAUCAUGGUCUUGCAAUACUCGAACCAAGAGACCAGUGUCACGAUCGGCGAAUCUGUCAGAGACGAAGAUGUCUUCAUCCUUCAGUCUACCCGCCCGAACGACAUCAACGACGGCCUCAUGGAACUCCUCAUCAUCUGCAACGCCUGCAAGACCGCCUCCGCCCGUCGUGUCACCGCGAUCCUGCCGAAUUUUCCAUAUGCGAGACAAGAUAAAAAGGACAAAUCGCGAGCUCCUAUCACGGCAAAACUCAUGGCAAAUAUGCUCCAGACUGCGGGUUGCAACCAUGUCAUUACGAUGGACUUGCACGCCUCGCAGAUCCAAGGCUUCUUCAACGUCCCGGUGGAUAAUCUCUACGCGGAGCCUAAUAGUGUGAAAUGGAUUCGAGAAAACCUUAUGCAUGCGAGCGAGAGCGGCGUGGAGAUGAACGGACCAAGGCAGGAGUGCGUCAUUGUCAGCCCCGACGCUGGGGGAGCGAAGAGAGCUACUUCCAUGGCCGACAAACUCGAUUUGCCGUUCGCUUUGAUCCACAAGGAACGAUCUCGACCUAACGAAGUCUCGCGCAUGACCCUCGUCGGCACUGUGAAAGACAAAGUUGCCAUUGUGGUGGAUGAUAUGGCAGAUACGUGUGGCACGCUCGCAAAGGCCGCCGAUACACUGAUCAAACACGGUGCGAAGGAUGUGGUUGCGCUGGUGACUCAUGGGAUCUUGUCCGGGAAGGCCGUCGAGACUCUGAAGAAUUCGUCGCUGAGCCGCUUGGUCAUGACAAAUACCGUCCCAGUCAGCGAGGACAAGAUCGAAGGUCUCAGGGUUCCCGAAGGCCAGAAAGGAUGCAGGCUGGAGUUUAUUGACAUUGCUCCUGUCCUGGCAGAGGCCAUCAGGCGGACGCACAAUGGUGAAAGCGUGAGUUAUCUGUUCAACAAUCCGGUGUCAUAGGCUGGAGGCCACAUGUCGCACAUGGCACGUUCGCCGCGGCAGACGUGGCAUGGACGGAUGGUGCAUUCCUGUUCUCUUCACAGCCGAUGAUUUGAGAUGCCGCGGGGAUAAUGCUGCUGGAAGCUUUAGGCAUCAAGGCUGCCAUCUCCUUGAAGACGUUGUUACUCGGAUGAACUACCUAUUUUCGCUAGGUUUGGAAGCCAGUCCCUUCCUUUCGAUUUCUACGGAUACAGAAAUUCCCAGACCUGGCAUUUGAAUGGACUUGCCGGAAGCUUCUGAUUACCAACAUUCAAUCCAAAGUUGUACCUGCUCGGGGUAAUUUGAGAAAGAAAGACUCGGGGGCCUCGUCCCUUCUCAACCCCGAUAUGCGCCUAUGGACUCAACGAGUGCUUGCUCGUCCGGGGUUACCCUGUGCCGCCGCGAGCAACGGGUCAUACCACAGCCAUGGAAUACUCGAAUCGGGGUUGGGAAUGUAUGGAAAGGCUAUGAGAGACAAGAUGAGAUGGACAUGACUGAAGAGAGGUCGAAUAGGAGGAGAAGGAAUCGGAGGGACAGGUGCAGGACUAUAGAUGCGCGAGUCGAUGCAAAUGGCUCCGUGGGAAUGUGGUUCAGACAACCUUGGGUGUUCUUUCUGGCUAUUUGCGCAGGGAAUUAGACUUGGAACUCAGACCAUACUAUCACACAUGUCAUUAGAAUCAAUAGAGCUGGCCAUCUAGGUAUGUACCGAGCAUGUUGGUGGGAAUGUGUAUGUGAGGUAGGAAAGACGGCAUGGCUUCACAGCUUCAGCCAGCCACAAAAUAAGCUCACUGCCAAGGCCGCUAGCGGCAGGUCCAGAGCUUGGCCUUUAUCAACGUCCGCAGUCGAUCCCUGAUUCUCCAUCAUCUCCAGCAUCUCCAGACGGAC